AUGUUCCAGCCCUCCUCCUAUCUCAAACGCAUCGCUGCGCCGCUCAGCGCGCUGCUCUCCAAAGCCACAUCCGUCGGCGUUCACAUCCGAACCCAGCCUUCCUUCGCCGAUUCCGCCGCCAAAACGCACGAGCGCGGGACCGGCGAUGUCGUCACGCAGCAGAGCGUCGAGAAGAUGCUCCCCAAGUUGAAGGAGCUCAUGGGAGACCGCGGGAAUUUGAUGUUUUUGGCGGGGGAUUCGGAGGAAUUUGAUUCGCUGAUGGAGAGAGAGUUUCCGGGACGCGUGCUGCGGGUUCAGAAAUUGGAGCUGCAGAAUGUGGGGCGGAAUCCGAGCGAGUCGGCGCUGAUGCGCGCAGUGAUGGAGCUGCAUCUGUUGAGUUUGUGCAAUCACUUGGUGGUGACUCCGAAUAGUCGGUUUAGCACAGUAGCUGUGGGUUUGAACACGAACUGCCGUUCUGUUGAAUAUUUUUCUUGA